CCUGCGCGGACCAGGGUAGAGGGGGCGAGAUCGGAGGGUAUCCACUGCGCCUGCGCCAGCUGUCCAGGUGGGUUCGCGCCUGGUUACCUGGAGCGCAGAGACUACAGGAAGCAGGGUAAACUUUCCAAGGGACUACUAAAAAAAAAGAAGUUCGCUUAUGUCUUUCUUUUAAGACCUCCUUGGCAACCAUGGGUGAAUACAGUAGGUUUAUAGAGUGGGACAAGAUGGAUCCUACCAUCCAGGCUGAGGAUGAGAAAGAACUGACCAGCACCGAAUUUCAGACUGAAUUGAAACAACUGGCUCGCCAAGGUUACUGGGCCAAGAGCCACUCUUUAAGAGCCAAAGUGUAUGAUAAAUUGAUCAGCUCUAUCCCUUGCCGCAUGGUGACACCCGAUGCCCACGUCUACCGAGACAUUGUGGUGAAAAUCGUUGGCAAGCGGAACAGCAAUACGCUUUCCCUUCCAGAAUUCGUAGACAAUAGCUUGGUUCCCACAUACUGCCUCAACGCUGAAGGCAUCGGGGCCGUCAGUAAAAUCAUCUCUUGCAUUGGAAGCCAGUUCCCGGACAUCUCGUUCUGUCCAGCUCUGCCUUCCAUGGUGGCCCUCCUCCUUCACUACAGCCGGGAUGAAGCCGAGUGCUUUGAGAAAGUUUGCCGGAUCUUGGCCUGCAAUGACCCAUCCAAGCACUUCAUCGAUCAGACCUUCUUGGCUUUUGAGUCGUCUUGCAUGACCUUCGGGGACCUAGUUAAUAAAUACUGCCAGGCAGCUCAUAAUAUGGUGGCCAUCUCGGAAGACGUGCUAGAGGUCUACUCGGAUUGGCAUCGUUGGCUCUUCGGGGAGCUGCCCCUCGUUUACAUCGCCCGCGUCUUCGAUGUGUUCCUGGUCGAAGGUUACAAGGUGCUCUACCGGGUGGCUUUGGCUCUCCUCAAAUUCUUCCACAAGUUCAGAGCUGGGCAGACCCAGGAGUCGGAAAACGUGCAACAGGACAUCCGAGCGUUUGUGAGGGACAUCGCGAAGUGGGUCUCGCCCGAGAAGCUGCUGGAGAAAGCGUUUGCCAUCCGUCUCUUCUCACGGAAGGAGAUCCAGCUUUUGCAAAUGGCCAACGAGAAGGCCCUGCAGCAGAAAGGCAUAACGGUGAAGCAGAAAAGCAGUAGAUCCCCAAAAAGGCAGAAUGUCCACCUGGCUGUUCACGCUGAGAACUUCAAGUCUGAAAUUGUUGAUGUGAAGAAGAUGAGAGACAUCUGGUCAUGGAUUCCCGAGCGCUUUGCCCUUUGUCAACCUCUACUGCUGUUUACCACCUCAGAGCAUGGCUUCAGCCUAAACAGGUUUUACCUACAUUGUGAGGGACAUGAACCAACUCUCCUUUUGAUUAAAACAACUAUGCAAGAGGUCUGUGGGGCUUAUUUGUCGACUGAUUGGCAUGAACGCAAACGAGGAGGAGGCAAGCUAAGUUUCUUUGGAACAGGAGAAUGUUUUGUAUUCAGGCUGGUGCCCGAAGUGGAACGAUACGAGUGGAUUAUAAUCAAACACCCCGAACUCACCAUGACUGGCUCUGAACCAGAAAACAAUCCUUCGGCUGUUUCUGACUCCCCCUCCUCAACCAAUCUCCCCCUGGAUCCUUCCAGUCGCCAUUCUCCUUUCCUUUCGGCACGGCAUUUCAAUCUGCCUUCCAAAGCAGCGUCCAUGUUUAUGGCUGGUAGCGCAGAAUGCAUCAUCAUAGGUGGCGGAGAUGGCCAAGCCUUCUAUAUUGAUGCUGACUUGAAUCAUGGAAGGACGGGCCAUUGCAAUACUUUCAACAAUCAACCGUUGUGCUCCGAAAAUUUCCAGAUAGCUAUCAUGGAGGUUUGGGGGUUCAAGGACACGAUGAACAGCUGAGAAAGUUGCCUCCUUCAACAUUGACUAGCCCAUGAAGUAUUUCUCAAGUUUCCCGUGCCCAUUUCCAGUUGCGGGAACCAAGCUAAUCUUUGAAGCCCCCUCCUCCCCCCCAAAGAAGAUCUCGUCUAAAUCUGGGGCCACCGUGUUUUUGUACAUGAUUCCAUGUAGUCUAAAUGAUUAGCCUCUUUUUGCUCUUAUCGAGUUUGAUGCACACCCUGAUAUUUUUGGUGGGAAGGGGAGAUCUUAACAUCUCUCCCUCAAAUAGAUCCAUAACUCUUCUCAUGAUUGCCAUCACUUGAGGCGUUCAGGUGUGGGUUUUUUUUUUUCAGAUCUUGACACAGAUGGCUCAGCCACUGAUUCAACCAGCAAGUCUCGUUUCUUAGAAAUAGGAGCUUGCACCCAAAGACGACUAUGUAAUCAUUGGAGUAUGAUGGUGAUUUCUUUCAAUUUUCCCUCAUUCUCGCCCUCUGCGUAUUACACCCUUCUAGGGAUUCCCCGAUCCUCACAGAGCUACAGUGAAUGGAGAGAUUUUUAUUGCAUAGCACACAAGCACCUUCAGAUCCAAUCCAUUAUUUUCAGGGACUUAAAAUCUAUUUUAACCCCGGCUUUGGUGUGUGUAAAUGUGAGUCUGUUGUACCUGGCUGGUGUCCCGACUGUUAACUUUAGUAAUAAUUCCAAUAUGUGUGAAAUAUGUCUUUCAGGAGUCUUAAUUUUCAUUCUGCAAUGAUACACUGAUCGGUAGAUGUUAACUAGGGGAUAAAAUGCUACCGGUAGCAGAAAUGCAAGCUGUUCGCCCGAACUGGUAACAAAACAAAUGCUAGCGGUUCGGGUGGACUGGUUUUUCCAACGAUCAGCUGUGCUGCAUGAUUAAGAUUAGCUAGAAAGCAAGAUUUCCUGCUUUCUAGCUAAUCUAAAUCGUGCGGAACAGCAGAUUCCCCCACCCCCAUCGCUGUUCACUUACCUCACUGUUCACUCACUUGCCAGGCUCCGCGCAGACAUCAUUUUUACACUCUCCGCAUGCACGGAAGGCCCUGCGCAUAUACGGAGGUGGGAUGUGCGAGCAAAGUGAGCGAGCGAUCACCUUGCUACCAAACCAGUAGCAAACAUAAGUGGAUUUCACCCCUGAUGUUAACCUUCAUUAUAUGUUUCUGUUUACAUUCCUGAUACCGCAUAUCGGUAAUAUGCUUAUCUUAGGUAAUAUCUUCAUGCCACUGAAAUCCAAUGCAAUAUACAUUAUGCACAGAAAUAUCCCCACCAGUUUUUUCAGUGAAUUGCCUCUUUGUUUUGGUGCUGUGCAUCUUGAUUUUGAAGAUGGGUGUACUGAAUAUGUGAAUGUUCAGAUUUUACAUGUGUGACUUUCUGGCCCUUGUACCUUUCCCCACCAUAAUUUAUAUCUCCUCUUCGUCCAGUUGUCCUGGCCUAGGCCCGUAUAAAGUGUGUGACUCUGUGACUGUCCAGAAAUCCAAUUGAUUUCAUUGUAAAAAAAGAAAAACCAAUAAUAAACUGAGUAUGACUUUAAUUUUAAAAGCAGCUUCAUAAUUCUUGGGGCCUGCUGUUGAGUUUUUUCCGCAU